AUGAGUUAUUCCAACGUGACGGCGGUCGACCCGUCUCUGAACUCCACGACCCUGGAUACUUCAGGAGUCCGACCCCUCUGGUACCAGCUGGACAUAUGUGAGCCCUCCCCGUACGCGUUUGUGUUCUACUACAGCGUCAAGGUCAUCAACCUGGUGAUUGGAACGCCCUUGAACGUGAUGGUCAUGUGGCAGAUCGCCCGUACCAAGAAGAGCGACUCGUCCACGUCGGACAUCUUCAUCAUCAACCUGGCCAUCCUGGACGCCUACUUCUGCCUCAUGUCCCCCAUCGACAUGGUCAACCGGAUGGUCCUGGCCAGCGACGGCGUGUGGUUCUUCCAGCGCUUCGCCUACGGGGUCAAGGAUACCGCCCCUCUCUUCCUGGUGUGCAUCUGCAUGGACCGCUACGUCGCCGUGGUCCACCCCGUCCUCUUCACCGGCAUCCGUGACAACAAGAUCCGCGCUGCCGUCUCCGUGGUGGCGUGGUCCCUCAUCCUGGCGUACGGCCUCACCAAGAGCAUCCUGGGAGUGAUGAGCGUCAACGAGAUCUUCAGCGGCCUCAUCCUCUUCAGCUUCGCCCUCAUGAUCUUCUGCAACAUCUCCGUCGUCUGGGCGCUGAGGCGCUCCGUGGCGGGCAAGGAGGUCAUGCACCCCGUGAAGAAGAAAGCCCUGAAGAUGGUGCUGACCCUCCUGAGCAUCAUCAUCUUCAACUACCUCCCUCCCGUGGCCCUCAUCCCCUUCUACUCCUACUUCACCGUGGCCCAGUUCCGCUGCCAGGUAGCCACUAGCGUGUUUUCCAUCAUGGACCUGAGCAGCAGCAUCGAGCCCCUGCUCUACGUGACCAAGAUUGACCGGCCGGCCUGGAUGGGGGAGGGGGCAUGUUGCGGGCUGUUUGCCCCCGUCAAGAAGCCCCAGGAGGUGAAGGUGUGA